UCAAAAUAUUUGUAAAACAUUUUUCCAAACUGGGUACACCGAAUCAUUAAGAACUUUAACGCCUACUAAAAUGAUAAAGACAACCGGAGGACGAAGCGUUAUCGCACACUGUGUAUAUACCUCAUCUUCGUGAACUCGGAAAGAGCUAAACAAAAGAUGGAAACGGUAUCAAUCGCCACGGUGAUCGACCGUCUGUGGCAUCCGCUCAAAGAGCCGAUUGCUGAUCCAAUGAUCGGAAAGUUUCCAAGCACAGGUCCCGAAGAUGGAGAAAUUACCAGCUCACUGCCGCGAGAACGCCGUCCUCUUCAAGGCUAAGGAUUACAUGAACCUCGACGCCAGAUCCGAGGGAUUCAGGACGAGCGUCAGGUUCAACAAGGUCCCGGACUUCUACACGAUCGACGACAAGGACUACUACGCGGCAGAAAUGAAAAUACAAGGUAUCAAGGUCGGCUCGGCCGCCCUGGCGAGUCAGGACAUCUUGAACGUGAAGAUCCAAGAGACGGAAGGGUGCAAGCAAGUAAGGAACUUGAAUUUUCACAUUCCUCCCGAGGCCGAUGUUAAGAAGGCCUCGGUCGAGGUGUUCAACGGGGACACCGUCUUCGUGAGAGCUCCCCUGAAAAGGAGGCCUCUUUAACGUCGAAGACCGCAGGAAACGAAUAAAUCAGAACUUAAGUAAAAGUCACGGUACAGUUUCUCUUUUUAUUAAUGAAAUGCUUAGUGAAAAUUCAAGUAAUCGCGAGUCCCUGGACCGUGUCUA